GCGCUCCGUAUCUACGGCAGGCCACUAGUGACUAAGAUCAUCGCAAGCGAAAGUGGAGUCUUCCCCGGGCAAGCUUCACUGUGUUCUGAACCAAAGUGGACGUCUUCUAUUAUAAUUUAUGGAAGAAGAGUAUAGCCAAGAGGGUCAGACCUCAGUAAACGAACCACCAGUUGAUACAGAAAAGGAUGCUGUUGCAGAUUACAUCCAAUACAAUUCCAUGUCUCAAAAUGAUAAAAACACUGAUUGCACAUCUGUGAAAAGGCAAAUGCCAGAACCCAAUUCUCCAAGUAAAACGGAAGAUACUAGUGUUGAUAGCACGUGCUUGGCAAAAAGAAUUAAACUAGAUAUUGCAGAGCCUAAUCAAGAAUACAAAGAUGGUGAUUUUUACAGUGAAACAUGUGCAAACAAUAAACAGACAGAGAACAUGGAAGUGGCAAUAAACCAAGGUGAUGUUACAUGUAAUGAAGGUGAAAAGCAAUCAUAUGCGGCUCAUUUUGUGAAAAUAAGUGACUUGGAUUGUCAUGUUGAACAAGACCCUUUUUCAACAAAACCUGACUUACAUAAACAAGUUGAAGAAAAUAGUGCUAGUGUUGUAGCAGAAAAUAGUUCACAAUUGCAGUUAGACACACAAAACAAAAUAUUUUCAUGUGAACCAUGUGGCUUUAAAUGUUUUAAUGAAGAUCUUUUCAAAAAGCAUUGUACUGGAAAGGACCAUCAUCCACCGUGUGUAGGAAAAAUUGAAACGUUAACAAAAAUAAAUGUCUCUUAUAAAACACAUUCAAAUCUAAGUAAAAAGUCCAAGAAAGACAAAGCUGGACUGAGUCAGUGUAAUCCAAAAACACAAGAUUCUGGUGAUAAAGACAGUUUUGUUGGUGACCUGAGUAAUAAAGAUAUCUCCAGUAAAGGUAACUUAACGGCAUUGUCACAGAAAAGGGAAAAUAUAUCUACCAAGGUAUGCACACCAAUUACUUCUGCACCAGACCAUACCAGAGAGCCGAUUGUAAAAGCUAUACCACUCAAAAUGUCUAGAUCUUCUCUUGCCAAAAAAGGAUCUAAACAGUCCUUAAAUGUUCCAUCAAAAGCAAUUUUAAAUAUUAUAGCUAGAAGGGCAUGGUAUAAAAAGGAAUGUGAAAAGGCUAGUUUGUUUAGGAGAAAGAUUGGCUUUGGACAAAUUAGGAAACGCUUGGCACGAAUGGCACAUGUUAAUUUAAAAGACAAGCACAAUAUUAAACCCAAUCUGAAGUCAAGGCGUGCUGCAGCAGAACCUUAUUAUCAUGCUUAUUGUCAGGAUAUGAUUGAAGAAACAAACCAUGCCUGCAAAACAUUUGAUGAAGACAAUAACCAAAAUAAGUCAGAAUUCAGACAUAAAUGUCCUUCCUGCAAGAACGCUUCAAAGAACAGAAAAGGUAUUGCAAAGCCUGAAAAGAGAAGACUUGGAGAGGGAAUUAAUUUUUAUUGCCAGACUUGUGGGUACUGUUCUGUCACCAGAGAAGACUUUGAGAAUCAUUACCAAAAUGAAACACACAAGAAAUCUCAGGUUAGCUUAAAGUGUUACAUCUGCAAGUUAGUAGCCCCAGAUGAGUUAAUUUUUAAGACUCACAUGAAUGCCCACCAUUACAUGUUCUUCCACUGUUCUGCCUGCAAGACUUACUUUACAGAAAAUAAAGCUCUACUGCAACAUAAAACUUCACAGCAACAUAUCAGUGUAGAAAAACAAAAAGAGAAAGUUUCUAGUUGUUGUCCGUUAGCUUCAGCAGCUGAAGUUGUGGAAAGCUCUAAUCUGGAAGGUGUGCAUAAUACUACAAUACAUGCAAUUAAACACGAGCUUGAGGAAAAUGUUGUAAAUCCUUUAAAAGAGUGUGUGAUAACUGAAGAUUCCCACUGUGAAGCAAAAAAGUCUCGAUUUCAAUGUAAAAAGUGUUUUUAUAAGACAAGAUCUUCUACCGUCCUCACAAGGCACAUCAAACUUCGCCAUGCUCGUGAUUACCACUUUUUAUGCAAAGCCUGUAAUAUUUACUCUAUGUGUAAAGAAGGCAUGGAGAAACACAUAAAAAGGAGCAAACAUAUUCAGAAUGCCAAGAAAAACAACAUUGGAUUACUUUUUGAUGAAUGCAUUGAAAAAGUUUGGUUUUCAGGUGUUGCUGAUCUAGCUGUUUCUGAGGGAGCUAGACCUGAAAGUGAAGCUUCUAUUACAUCACUAUCUAUUUCUCAAGAAUUACUGCCAUCUACUGAGGAAUCCCUGUGCUGCAGUCCAGCCUCUAGUGAAUUAGAUGCAGUUCUGGCUAAUGCACCAAAAAGAGGAAGACCAAAAGGGAAUAUCUCUAGGAUAUGCCCUCACUGUGGUCUCUUGGCUUCCAGUGUUACUAACCUAGCUGUUCAUAUUAGACGGAAACAUAGUCAUCAGUAUAGCUAUUUGUGUAAGGUAUGUAAUUAUUACACAGUCACUAAAGGAGACAUGGAACGCCACUGUACAACCAAGAAACAUGAGAGUCGUGUAGCAGAAGAAAAGAAUGGCCAACAGAAAUCUAUAAUCGUCAUAUCUGAUGGGACAAAUUUUGAAACUGCAACAAAGAAAAAGGGGCGCUUAGCUCCUCCAAAUAAUGAACAGUCAACCUCUAUCUCCACCAUAAAUCUUCCAGAUGAUGCUAACACAUCACAUGAGAUAUCUACAAACCUUGAAGGCAAUCAAAACGUUCAAAUGGAAAAUGAGUCGCAAAGUGAAGUAAUGGAAACCAAUGUCAGUGGUAAUGUCACUUUCCGGAAACGUUCUCUUGACAAUGGAAGUAAGAAAUGCGCUCACUGUGAUUUUGUGCCUUACUCUGCAUCAUCUUUGGAGGCACAUAUUAAAAAUAAACAUUCAAAUGAGUUUGUAUUCUACUGUAUUGCAUGCGAAUACUGUGCUGUGACUUGCACAGAGAUGACAAAGCAUGCAGCCACUGAAAAGCACAAGAUUAAACACAAUAAUUACCAAUCAAAUUCUUCAGGUUUGGACAUUAAUGAUAAAAUACAGAAUUUUCCAAUAGGAAUUCCUAAACCAUCUCAUCAGAUUGAAUCCAAGGAAUGUAUAGCAGAAUUAACAGAAGGCACAGAAGUCAACAUAAAUAACUCAAAUUAUGGUCCUUUGGAAAAGGAAAGUGAAAUUAUCGAGCUGGGUGCUUCCCACGCAUCUUCUGGUCCUACCGUUCAGGUUGAUGAAACUGAACUAUCUGUUUGCAAAGAAAUAAAUAGUGUUAAUUAUAGUAACAAUGACUCAACCCUGGACAGAUUCAGUGAAAAUGAUAGAAAUGAAGACUCUGAACUCCGUACUAUUACAACUUGUCAAGGACAACAGAUAAAAGAGACUGUUUUCCCUUCCAUAGAAACAAAAGUAUUAAGUAAAGACAUAACCAGUGAGGAGAAUAAUGAAGGGAUGGAAUCUGAACAGAUAAAUCUUUCAAGUACAAGUAAAAAUGAACAGACCGAGACCUUGAACAUUGUAAAAUCUUCUCAGAAAGGCUAUUCUGUCGAAAAUGCUGAUGAAGGAACAAAUGUUUCACAAAAUGAUAGGAUUGAAAAUAACUCAUGUUAUGAGAUUACCUAUGUAGAGGAGGGUGAGACAUGUAUAGCUAAUAGUAACUGGGAGACAGGUGAUGCAACUGACAAUUUAGCUUCAGAAGAAAGAGUUGCUAUUGACCCAUGUGACAAGGUUCAAAAUGUAAGCCAGUUUGAUUCCUCCAUUGUUAAACUGAAAUAUUGUGAUGUUGUUCAAAUGACGGCUACUUCUGUUAGUCAAGUGUGCAAUACAACCAAAAGCAUAGAUUCAGAAGUCAAACCAGGAAAACGUAAGAAAGGCAAUGGGAACUCUCAAGGCGAGUCAACUCGCAUAAGAUGUGAUGACUGUGGGUUCUUGGCAGAUGGUCUUAGUGGGUUGAAUGUACACAUAACAAUGAAACAUCCAACAAAAGAGAAACACUUCCACUGCUUGCUCUGUGGAAAAUCCUUUUACACUGAAAGUAAUCUUCAUCAACACUUAUCUAGUGUUGGCCACUUAAGGAAUGAGCAAGCCAGCUUUGAAGAGCUACCUGAGGGAGGGACAGCUUUCAAAUGUGUGAAAUGCACUGAACAUUUUGAUUCAGAGCAGACCUUAUUCCUCCACAUUAAAGAAGAGCAUGAAGAAUUGUUGAGAGAGGUUAACAAAUACAUUGAGGAGGACACAGAACAGAUUAACCGGGAAAGAGAACAGAAUCAGGGAAAUGUCUGCAAGUACUGUGGCAAAAUAUGUAAAAGCAGCAAUUCCAUGGCUUUCUUGGCUCAUAUUCGUACUCACACAGGAUCCAAACCAUUUAAGUGCAAGAUAUGUCACUUUGCAGCUGCUCAGCUUGGAGAUGCCAGGUACCAUGUCAAGAGGCAUCUGGGGAUGCGGGAAUACAAGUGCCAUGUAUGUGGGGUGGCUUUUGUUAUGAAGAAGCAUUUAAACACACAUUUACUUGCGAAGCAUGGUAUUGGAACUCCAAGAGAAAGGAAAUUCUCAUGCAACCUCUGCGACAGAAGUUUUAGAGAGCGGUGGGCUCUGAACAACCACAUGAAACUGCACACGGGGGAAAAACCAUUUAAAUGUACUUGGCCCACAUGCCAUUACUCUUUCCUUACAGCAUCCGCCAUGAAAGAUCAUUACCGGACUCACACAGGCGAGAAGUCAUUCUUGUGUGACCUUUGUGGCUUUGCUGGUGGGACCCGACACGCCCUUACCAAGCACCGGAGGCAGCAUACAGGAGAAAAACCAUUCAAAUGCGAUGAAUGCGACUUUGCUUCCACAACUCAGUCUCAUCUCACAAGACACAAACGAGUGCAUACUGGAGAAAAACCCUACAGGUGUCCAUGGUGUGAAUACAGGUCUAAUUGUGCUGAAAAUGUCCGCAAACACAUUUUGCACACUGGCAAACAUGAAGGUGUGAAAAUGUACAACUGUCCCAAAUGUGAUUAUGCUACCAAUGCCCCUGCCGAAUUCCGGAACCAUCUGAAGGAGCAGCAUCUGGAUAUAGAGAAUCCCGACUUGGCAUACCUGCAUGCUGGUAUUGUCUCCAAAUCUUUUGAAUGCCGAUUGAAGGGACAAGGUGCAAACUUUGUGGAGAGCAUUAGUCCUUUCACUGCAUCUGCAACACAAGAGCCAUCUCCAGUUCCAGAAAAAAUUGCUCGGGGAAGCAAAAAACCACCUAGAAGCUCAGCUGAACAGGUUCAGCAGGUCAUUAUUAUCCAGGGAUUUUCCAGCGAGUAUGAUGGGGAUUUCACACUAGAUACAUCUGUUGAGGAAACUGCAGCAGCUACUCUUCAGACUUUGGCCAUGGCAGGGCAAGUGGCAAGGGUUGUCCAUAUAACUGAAGAUGGUCAAGUUAUAACUACAGAUCAAACUGCACACAUUCCAGGAGCUAUCCUAACUGAGCAAUUGCAAGAAGGGGCUACCCAGGUUGUGGUAGUCGAGGGCCCAGUGGGAGACGAAGAUGUUGCGGAGUCUGUCUCAAUAGAAACUGUUACAGACUCCAGUGGGAAUGUGGUGCAGCAGGUAAUGUCACAGGGUAUUAUAGAUACAACGCAAUCAGUGCACACGGCUGACCCCUCAUCCGCUCUGGAUGCCUUGCUGUGUGCUGUAACCGAACUGGGAAAUUCAGAAGAUGUCCAGAGUCAGCAUAACAGAACAGGGAGAGAAAUUGAAGAGUCAUUGGUGAUAAAUGCUAAUCAGGAAUGCAAUGAAUCUCCAGCAGAAGUUCAGGUGUACCAUGAGAUUCAAGAAUGCCAGCAAGAAAUCGAGUCAAUGGAAGUUGUCAGACAAGUCAUGCAUUCUUCAAGUAUUCUUACAGCGCAAGAGUCUGCUCAAGCCGCAUUCAAGAAAAUGGUACAGGGGGUUCUUCAGUUUGCAGUGUGUGACUCAGCUGCAGCUGACCAGCUAAUGAAAGAUGGUGUUACUCAGGUAAUUGUAAAUGAUGAAGGAACUGUACAUAUGGUCUCAAGGGAAGGCCCUCGCAUUAUUAUGCAUAACACGGAGACUCAUACACUUAGUCUGCCUGAGCAACACAUGGAUAUACUUGAAUCUGGAGGUGGAAUAUCACAGAUAAUUGUCACUGAAGAGUUAGCUCAAGCCAUGGCACAGAAUGUUGAUGGCAGCUUUCCCGAAGGCACAACACAUUAUAUUGUGACAGAAUUACCUCAUGGGGAAAAAGAGUCUAUCUACUCACACACCCUAAUGGAAGUGGAAGAAUCUGAAGGACUUGUGCAUGAAGAAACUGCCACGGAAACAGAUGCCCAUUCGGAAGAGACGACAGAGGAAGUAACAAGUAUGGUGGUAUACACAUAGUCGACACAGCAUUGUGAAGCCAAAAAAAAGAGCACAGAAGACCAAGCCAAUCAAUAAACAUGCAAAUAGCUCAAACAUACAAAAACACUUGCAGAUGUGUUUGGCAGAAGUAUCAAGGUGAAUUUGUAAAAUCAUAUAUUUUCUGAUCUUUUUCAUGGAAACAAAAUUUUUUUAUUUGUCAUAAUAAAAUUAAGUGAAAAUUAUUUUUAAAGAAACCUGUAUAUUCAAUUGUAGUCUUGAAGAGAAAGCUUCUUCUUGUGAGUUAAUGCUAAAAUAAUUGAGCAAUUGCAUUGUUAAGCAGUGUAAAAUCACUGCCAGGGGCACAUUUACACAAUUAUCAGGCAUCAUGCUUUAAAUAACCUCAUGACUGGGUUCUCUAUCUAUAACACAUUAAUAUUACAUUGAAACUAGAACUAACAGGUUAGGCUAUAUGUAGCUCUGCUUGACCCACGUUGUGUAGAAAAAAAGGUGUACACACUGCCACUUUUAACUACAAAAUCUUGAAUAGAAGUGAUCCAUAUGGACUGACAUUUGAGUAUUGUUAUAUGAACAUGAUUUGUAGAAAGAAUGGGUACCAUCGUCUGUAUAGUUACUUAUAGAUCUAUGGCUUGUACAAUUUUAAUGACUUAAAAAAACAAACAUUAUUUGAAAACAUAGUGCCUACACAUUGUUUUAUAUUGGUAAAUAGUUUUGAAAGGUAUUCACAUGUGACUGUUCUAAAUCAGUUUAGAAAGGAUAGUUCAUUCACUUAAAGGAACACUACAGGAGCAAUGAUCUUAUUUAUUAGCAUUAUUAUCACAAAGUAAUAUUCUCGAUGUUACAAGAAUGCAGCGCUGAUGUAUUUUAACAAUACUGGAAUUGUGUUGCAUUCUUUGUAAAUUCCAUUUAACGUGCUGAUUUCUGCAAUAUUAUACCCCUGUACUGAGGGCAUACAAAAAGGUUUCCCCAGAAUCUUCUCCCAGGUCUGCUACACCGCUUCAGUCCAUGCAUCUGUUCAUUUAAGUGGACCAUAAACAACAAGGGGAUUAUAAAGAUGGAGAGAAGUUCCUGCAAGGAAGUGUAGGGACAUUUUGAAAAGCCCUUACCAUAUGUGUCCAUGACUAAUGUGCUUACACAUGUUUCUAAUUUGUUAAACUCUGCUAUAUGUUGGCAUCACAAACAUUUUAUCUAUGAUGUUUACUGCUUUUGCUAGUGACAUAAUGCAAAAGGGAUACAUUACAAUGCUUAAGCAAUCAUUUUUGUGACUGCUAUUAAUGUAAAUGGAGAUAGUAUAAGCUGGCUUGGAAAGUCCUUUAAAGACCAGGUAUACAAUAUAUGUCUUGGAGGUAGCCAUUAUUAAAUGUCUUACAAGUUAUUUACAUGUUUUGAUGCUGAAGUUUUCUGCCGAAUUCACUUUGGUGGCAUGUUUUCAUGUUUCAUUAGCUGAAUUUCCAUGGUGAUUAUUUUCCAAAUAAUAAAGUUACA